GAAACAGUUUAAGUGCGUUUCUGAAAACGUUCGUUGCCUAAAGCGGAGCAAAAUCAAAGCCGAAAACUAUAAUACAUAAUAUUUUUCACAAGUCUCAAGUUUGAAAAAGUGUUAAAAACAACAAAUAACAUAAAAAUGUCCUUCAAGAUUGUUUUCGUCCUUGCUGCAAUUGUUGCUUGCGUACAUGCACGUCCAGGUGGUCCAGCCGCUUAUUCCAUUUCAGUGCCCAGUUUGGAUCAUGCUUCCGUAGGCAACACACAGGAACAUACAGUUAAAGGACAUGGUGGACAGACGUCACAAUCAGACUAUUCCAGCCAAGUACAAACAGCGCAUUCACAAUCACAUGUACAGCGCUCAAGCGUUAGCCACGAUACUGGCUUGGCUCCUGGUCACGUAGUUGCUGCUGCACCAAUAGCACAUGCUUAUACUGCACCAGCAGCUCCAGCAUACUAUGCGGCACAUGGAUAUGCUGCACCCGCAGCAAUUUCGCACGGCAUUUCGUAUGCAGCUGCUCCAGCCAUCAGUCAUGGCUAUACAGCGCCCGCUUAUAGUUAUGCUGCACCUGCCAUAGCUCAGCACUCAUACGCACCCGCUGGUGUGCAUUACGCUGCCGCUCCAGCGAUUGGCCACUACUCUGCACCAGCAGUUUCACACAGUUACGUUGCAUCGGCACCAGCCGCUGUGAAGAUUGCGGCCGCACCCGCUUACGCUGGAUAUGCUGCCCAUGGUUACGCUGCUCAUGGUCUUGGCUUAAGUCACGGUUUGGGUUAUGCUGCCGCCGCACCAGCUGUAUAUGCCGCACCAGUUGUGAAAGCCGCAGUUGCUGGUCCCGCACUAGUACAUACAUCCGUAGCCGGACAUGGUGUUCAUUAUGGUUAUUAAGAUGAUAAUACCACUUACCAUAUAUAGCAACAAUACAGUACCAACAACAAUAACUACAACAACAACAACAGAAAACACUUAAAUACGCAUUUUAAGCAUAUUUUGUAUUAAAAACUUUGUAUUUUUACAAGGAAAACUACCUGCCACAACAACAGCAAAUAGCAAAUAAGUUUCAAUUAACAUCACAGCGCAACACAAUGGCAUUGAAUAUAUUAAUUAAUAUUUAUAUAUAUUUUUUUUUAUAUAAAAUUUAAAUAUUUUUCAUAUAAACAUAUAUUGUAUAUUCAUGAGGCCAUGUAUGUUUGCUGGAAGUAUCACAGCCAAAACUAAAAAUUGCAAACAAAAACUGCAAUUUUUGCAAAGGAUAUCAUAAAUUGUUAAUUUUUCAUUUAAUUUUAUUGUUUUUCUUCCCUUUUCAAUUCAUACAUUUCUAUUAUCGCGGUUGAAUAUAUUUUGUAAAAUAAUAUAAAAAAGUAAUUGUUUCUUUUUUAAAUAAAAUAAUAAAAUAAAAUAUAAAAACAUU